AUGACGACUGUAAUUGCUUUGCCUCAAGCGGUUUGGAACGAGCUUCGUCAGCGGGGUUCAAAAGGUGGAAGGCGGGGUGGCGAGGAAGCGUUGAUUGGUCAUUCAUCGACUUCUGGCAAGACCAAGACCUCAGACUCGCGAUCAACAUUUCGCAACGCUGUGCGAUCAGCACGCAAACGCAUCGACGCCAUGUCGCUCGGGAGAUUGCAAGAUGCUGCUGCGGCUGCGGCGGCCGACGCGGGAGCUUCGGACGUCGACAACGUCGAAGCUGCAAGCUCCUCCAGCCACACUCCGAAUCGAUCGCCCCGCUUUAGAAGUAUGAUCAACCUAAGCAGAAGCUCGCCGAGGUCUAGAGAAGCUCAGAUAGAAGAACCGAGCGCUUGGGAGCUUGUCAGGCGAAGCAGAGCAGAGUACGAAGCGGUCGCUUUGGCCCUCUUUCCCAGCUUGCCUUAUGAGCUGCAGCUCCACAUUUUCAGCUUUAUCCCCAUUCGUGAUCUUACAAAGACCAUGUCUUGCGCUAGCAGGUACUAUGCUGCCAUGCACGAUAGAUAUGUCCGCGGCUCCAUCCAGACCAUCUUUUCCGAGCGCGCGAGCAGCACAGACAAAAGUCAGAGCAGAGGCUCGCAUCACCGAGAGAGGAGCUCAGCUGCAGCGACCUCGCGAUUGAUUUUCGAAGCGCAAAGACCAAUCGACACACUGACGACGAAGCAUUUCCUGCACUUUUCUCAUCUGGGUCCGCCGGAUGAUUCACGGAGCGAUGGAUGCACAGGCACUUACGCUCACUUUACCUUUGUGCGCGCCGACGCGGAUGCUUCAUCGACGAGCAAACGAUUGGAAUUGGAUCGAGGAGCGCAAGCUUCUAGCACCGCUGCAUCCCCAUGGCGUCGAGUCGCUCCCGCAGGUUAUCCUGCCCAAUUAUCCGUUCCGCAAGUUCCGCUAGAACAUCGAGAUAGGUUGACAAGCAGGGACAUCACGAGCAGCGUGUCGAGCCCCUCUGCUACUGCAAGCGUUGCCAGAGCGCUGCCCGACUCGCCCCCGCGCGCGCCUUUGACCCAGGUACUGCCGUUGUCCAGCUCGGCUAGAGGAAUGGGUUUCACGGAUGUGGCCACACCGUACGAACGCUUCUCAGCUGCUAGACUCGUCUCGGACGAUGAGGAUGCGGAUGAAACGGCAAGCGUCGGCGGGGUAGGCAACCAAGAAGAAGAAGAGCAUGGCUCCACGGCCCGCGUAGUGCCAGGCGCUGGCGGCUCGACGUGGAUACGAGGAGCGAACGACCACUUGCAUCCUGCAGGGCAAGAUCUGAAUAGACCUCUAGACGCCUACGAUUGGUCCGGUCCCAUCUCUUCCUCUCUCGACUCGCGCUCGCCUUUCGAUGCGCGCCAGAGCAGACGAUCGCAGCCCACGAUGCCCGCCACGAUGCCGACGUACCAAUUCCAACUGGACCCGCUCGAUUCGUUUGAGAGCUGGUGUCUGAGCUUGACGUUGCAGCGCAAGAGGGAGGAUGUGGACGUGCCUGGAAGACCUGCGAUGAGGUGGGAAAAGAGGCUGGCGGAAGGUCUGGAUAGAGUCUUUAGGGAAUGGUUCGUGCCGCCGCCAGCUUCUCAAGAAGCUUCGGGUCAGACGGCUCUUGCUCGAGCACACGCUAUCCAUGAUGGCUUUGCUGGACAAAGCACGAGUUUGGAAGAGGAAGCGAGAGCGGAACAAGAAGAGGAAGCAGCAGCUGCGGCAGCUACUGCUGCGCCCCGACCUCGCGCCUUGGAGUUUGAUGGACCAUCUUGCGUCGUAUGGAUCCAACCUCAUGCGCACAAGAACCUAACUUCUCAUCCGGCCCUCUCUCAAGCCUAUUCGCACUCUUACCUCUCCUACGCCUCCCUCUCCUCCUCCUCCUCCUCCUCGCGCGUCACGCUCACUUUCAACGCUUCCAGCAUUCGCAUCAAUGCGGCCAGAUUGUUAGCUUGCGCUCAGGAUGUAGAGGACGACAUUCGAAAUGCGCACAGGAUGGCUAGUGCUGGAGGAGCUAGAAUCUUGGCGGGCAGCAGCGGCGGUUCUAGUUGGGCGCACGCCACCGGAGGCUCCAACUACUUUGCCAAUCAGACCGGCGUCACCGUCUUGGCUCUCAGCGGAUUCAGGUGA